AUGGGUUCCAUCGCCGAGUCCCAGCCCGCCGUCAACGGCCACCAGCCCUCCGUCGAGGACCUCAAGCGCCAGGUCAACGGCGCCGCCUCGCACGAGAUCCUCCAGGCGCCUCUGCCGAACCCGUCGCUCCAGGUCACGGCCGACCACAACCUCAAGGCCGUGGACGCGCCCGUGUACGCGCCCAAGGCCGGCGAGGUGCUCGUGCACGUCAAGGCGACAGGAAUUUGCGGGUCCGACGUUCACUUCUGGAAGACUGGACGCAUCGGGUCGCUCGUUUUCGAGGGCGACUGCAUCAUCGGCCACGAGGCUGCCGGAGUCGUGAUACGAUGCGGCGACGCAGUCAAGGAUUUGAAACCAGGUGACAGAGUCGCCAUCGAGCCGGGUGUCCCUUGCGGGAACUGCUUCCUGUGCCUGGACGGCCGGUACAACCUCUGCGAGGACGUCGAGUUCGCGGGCGUUUACCCCUACGCCGGCACGCUCCAGCGAUACAAGGUCCAUCCUGCCAAGUGGCUUCACAACCGCCUCGCCAGGCUCCCUGACAAUGUCUCCUUCGCCGAGGGAGCCCUCCUCGAACCCCUCAGCGUUGCCCUCCACGGCAUCAACACGGCGCGCAUCACCAUCGGCACCCCCGUCGUUGUCUGCGGCGCCGGUCCAAUUGGCCUCCUCGCCCUCGCGAGUGCCCGCGCGUCCGGAGCUCACCCGAUUGUCAUCACCGACGUGGAGCCCACGAGACUGGCCUUUGCCAAGGAGAUGGUCCCGACGGUCCGGACGUACCAGGUCGACAUCACAAAGAGCAACGAGGAGAACGGCCUGGCUGUGAGGAAGCUCUUUGGCGAGACCGAGUACGUCCAGCCGCGAGUGGCGCUGGAGUGCACCGGUAUCGAGAGCAGCGUGUGCUCGGCUGCCUUCAUGGUGCGAAGAGGUGGUUUGUUGAUGGUGAUUGGAGUCGGCAAGUCCAUAAUGAACAAUCUGCCAUUCAUGCACUUGUCCCUGGCCGAGAUUGAUCUCCGUUUCAUUAACCGGUACCGGGACACAUGGCCCGCAGGCAUUGCGUGCAUCGAGGGAGGACUGGUGGAUGUCAAGAAGCUGGUCUCUCACGUCUUCCCUCUGGAGAAGGCAUUGGAGGGCCUGACUCUGUCGUCAGACCCGAGGAACGGCUGCAUCAAGGUGCAGAUUGUAGAUGAUAACGAAACGACAUUUUUCUAG